AUGGACAUCAGAAGAGCACUCCAUCUCAAAGCGGCGCAUAAGAGUUUAGCUGAUACGUUCAUAAAUACUCUAAGAAGGUUUUGUGAUAGAACGGGAUGCCCAGAAAAAAAUGAUCUCCAACGACUCUCCAACGACUCUACGUUUAAGGAAGCUGCAGACGUUCUCGGUAUGAUACGCGCAGAAAAGGAAAUUGAAUGGAAGUGGGCAACAACUUUAACACCUUGA